GGGGGCGGGGCGUCGUGGCGUGGGCGGUGUCGCGCAGGCGCAGCGGGGUUCAGGCGGCAUCCCGCCCCUCGGCCCUCUGUCACCUCACAGUCGGCGUUGCCGGGGCGCGUGCGGCCCCGUGCGGCUGAGCAGCCCGCGCAGCGCAGCUCCGGUCCGAGUCCCCCAGCCCCCGACGCCGCCGGGCCUCUGCCCACCGCCCCGGUCGGUGCGGCACGGAAACGUAGAAGACGACGCCGCCGCCGCCCCCGCCGCAGCUGCCCUCGGGGCCGCCGCCGGCGUCGAUGGAGCCGACGAACCUGUACCCGGUGAAGCUGUACGUGUACGACCUGUCCAAGGGCCUGGCCCGGCGCCUGAGCCCCAUCAUGCUGGGGAAACAGCUGGAAGGCAUCUGGCACACCUCCAUAGUUGUUCACAAGGAUGAAUUCUUCUUCGGCAGUGGAGGCAUUUCCAGCUGUCCGCCUGGAGGGACGCUGCUUGGGCCCCCUGACUCAGUAGUAGAAGUGGGAAGCACUGAAGUUACCGAAGAAAUCUUCCUGGAAUACCUGUCCUCCCUGGGGGAGUCCCUGUUCCGAGGCGAGGCCUACAAUCUCUUUGAGCACAACUGUAACACGUUCAGCAACGAAGUGGCCCAGUUCCUGACUGGAAAGAAGAUUCCCUCUUACAUCACGGACCUCCCAUCUGAAGUCCUCUCCACGCCCUUCGGACAGGCUCUGCGGCCCCUCCUGGACUCUAUCCAGAUCCAGCCCCCUGGUGGAAACACCUUUGGCAGACCCAAUGGCCAAAGCUAACGGGCCUAGGAGGGAGCACUGCGCCUCACCUCGCCGCCGUCGACUCUCCAGGGCUUUUCCUUUUUAAAAAAACAAACCCUACCAGAUUUCUAUUUUAUAAUUUUACAUCAGAGCUAACAACCAGGGGAAGGCUUUUUAAAUGUCCCAGGGAAGGAGAUCAUCGGGCUGCAUGUAGGACAAUGCUGCUAAAAACCAGAAGCAAUGCCAUCCCUUCUAACAGUAUUAUACUAAUUUAUUAAGGCUGUCUUGUCUGUGAGUUCACUUUUGACGCUGUUUGCUAAGCGUCCCCCACUCCGCAAAAGGGGGAGGUUGCUGAACCGGAAGAAGGUGGGGCCCCUCAGGGGCAGUCCAGGCUUCCAGGCCCAGGGAGACAUUGUCCACCUAGAGCCCCUUACCAUGGGGAGGCAGGUGAGUGGUGUGGCUGGCCCAGGCUUCCAAAGGUUGUGGGUAAGAGCGCCUGCGACUUUGUUGUCUUUGGGCCAGAGGAGACUCGGGAAGGAAGGAGACGUUCAAACUGUAGAACCGAAAGCCAUCGUCUUCACCUCCUUGAGUCUGCCCGCUUUAUGCAGAGUGGCUCCUGCUCACCAUAGGCUGAGGCAGUCGGGAGUGCUGGCGCCUGGCCUCUCGCUGAUCAGGUACAGCCUUGAUCGCCCUGUCCCUCCUUACCUCCCCACCCCUACAUAGUCCUAUCUAGGCAGCCAAGGGGAGAGUGCUCCCUGGCCUCAGGCCGUGUUGCUCUGAGCAUCCAAAGAGAAGGAAUGAUGCAGAAUCUGGGUGGCAAAUGAGUUUAACUCUGUGUGUCUGAUAGGAAUUCUUCCAAUGUCCCAAAAGCAUUUUGAAGACACACUUUGGUUUCUUUCCAUCCUGGACCUGGCUGCAGGAGAGGCGGAGGGGUGGGUGGGUUGGAGCCCCCUUCUGAAGGAUUCCCAAAUCUCCCUUCUUUCUGAGCCCUCCCAGGCUGUAUGAGAAGCCCCAGAUCCCCUCCCCCCACACUGCAGCCCAGAGCCUUUGGCCUGCCUCAAACACUCCCUGCUGCCUCAGCCUGGCAGCGGCUUGGAUGUCUUCUCAUCUCCGAUUUGUGGCCCCCACCAGCCCUAACAGGGAAAGCAGUUCUUAAGGUUCUAGCCUCUCUCAGGUGUUAUGCAUGUGACCCAAAGUGUCUCAGGGACAGCCGGGGAUGAUGUCAUAGGAUGUGCUCGUCCAUUGAGAACAGCCCAGUUCUCUUGGAGGCCCGGUACUGGGAAGCAAGGCAGGGGAAGGGGCUUCCUCGUUGACCACAGGGCACAAAUGGUCCUAAAGAGACCAGGAGUGGCAGGUUUGGGGCCCACCAGGAGUGCACAGCCUAGGCCGUGACCAUGGUCUCUCUGCCAGUCCAGCCCUCACGGGGGGGGAUCACGACCUCCCCACUGGGCUCCUUUUGUUCUCCAUGUCUCCUCUCUACCCCUUUUGUUCCGUCCAGAGGCAGGAAUGUAACAGCUCCUUUGCAGUGCCUAGAAGCGCUGAGCCCCUUUCAGCCCCCAUGGGGAGGGAGAUUGGGGGGGCACUCAGGGCAAUGGGCAGAAAAGGAGCUGGUGUGGACAACUGCCUUGUGAAGGAGAAGCCCUGUGUUGGGGGGGGGGGGUUGGUUGGAGAAAGGUUUUGAAUGUUUUUUUUUUCCCAAUUGAGCAUUUGUGUUCUCCCCCUCCUAGCCCCCUCCACUGAAAAAGAAGUGGGGGAGCUACUUUACCAGUUAAGCAUUGCUAUGUGCAGCAAAUCCCACGUUGCCCGUGGCCAAACAUGUAUCUGAGAUCCUCUGCCCGAGGGGCAGCUCCUUCUCACGCAUCUUCUUGAUAACUAAGUGACCAUUGAACUCUAGAAGCUCAGGCACCGGUCAGCGCUGCGUGGCCUCCCCUCCCCCCAGACUCAGGACUGUGCCCUCUGUGGCCCACAGGGCCAAGUAGUCUCAGGAGGGGGGCAGGCUGUUGGGUCGGGCGUGCCUCCCCUUUCCUGAAAGAAGCCUGUACUCUGCCAUGUCCCUUUCCCUCCACCAAGCCAAGCGAGUAACCGUAUCUGGGAUGGAGGUGUUUGCUAGCUGAUCUGUUUCUAUAAUGCAAUAAACUCGGGUCCACCACCCACUCUCUCUC